AUGAAGAAUGCUCUAGAAGAUAUGUACAAGGCAACCACUGAGCUAUUCAUCAAGAAAGAAAAUGCUGACAAGUUCUUGGAAAGAGCAAAACGUGCUAACUCUUUUUUGGAAGAAAUUAAGAAAGGGAAUAUUGAAAGAGAAUGCAAUGAGGAGCGCUGCUCGAAAGAAGAAGCAAGAGAAGCCUUUGAAGACCAGGAGAAAACUGAGGAAUUCUGGAACAUCUACGUAGAUGGGAACCAGUGCAGCUCAAAUCCUUGUCACUAUGGUGGACAUUGUAAAGAUGGAAUUGGUUCCUACACUUGCUCAUGCCUGGAUGGUUAUCAAGGCAAGAACUGUGAAUUUGUCAUACCAAAGUACUGCAAAAUAAACAAUGGUGACUGUGAGCAGUUCUGCAGCGUCAAAAAAAGUGUACAGAAGGAUGUUUUGUGUUCCUGUGCAAAAGGGUAUGUUCUAGCAGAGGAUGGCAAACGCUGUGUUUCGUCAGUAAAGUAUCCUUGUGGAAAAGUUUUUGUGAAAAGAAAAAAAAGGUCGAUUAUUUUACCCGCUGAGAAUAGCAACAUAACUACUGAUCAAGAUGGCCCCCGCCCCAAUGGAACAAGUUUGGAGGAGGACAUCGGUACUACCGCAGAAAGCCCAACUCUCCGUCCUGGCAAUGAAACAAGUAGCAAGACUCCAUAUGUCAUUACCAGGAUAGUAGGUGGUGAUGAGUGUCGUCUUGGCGAAUGUCCGUGGCAGGCUGUUCUGUUAAACGAGGCAGGGGAAGAGUUUUGUGGUGGAACUAUUUUGAAUGAAAAUUUUAUACUUACUGCAGCUCAUUGCAUGAACCAAUCUAAAGAAAUCAAAGUUGUUGUUGGUGAAGUGGACAGAGAAAAGAAAGAACAGUCUGAAACGAUGCAUACCGUGGACAAAAUACUUGUUCACUCUAAAUACAUUGCUGAGACGUACGAUAAUGACAUAGCCUUAAUAAAGCUGAAGGAACCUAUAACGUUUUCUCAGUACAUUAUUGCAGCAUGCCUCCCAGAAGCAGAUUUUGCUAACGAAGUUCUGAUGAACCAAAGAUCUGGGAUGGUUAGUGGCUUUGGGCGUGAAUUUGAAGGUGGACGACUAUCCAAAAAACUGAAAGUGCUUGAAGUCCCCUAUGUUGAUAGGAACACUUGCAAGCAAUCCACUAACUUUGCAAUAACAGAAAACAUGUUCUGUGCUGGUUAUGAAACAGAGCAAAAAGAUGCUUGUCAAGGAGACAGUGGAGGCCCCCAUGUAACCAGAUAUAAGGAUACUUACUUUGUUACUGGAAUUGUUAGCUGGGGAGAAGGAUGUGCAAAGAAAGGCAAAUACGGUGUCUAUACCAAACUGUCCAGGUUCUUACGCUGGGUAAGAAUGGCCAUGAGACAAAAUUUGUAG